AUGCCAGCGUUGGCUUUAUUCACUCUCCGGGCUGCUGCCACUGGAUAUACAAGGGUAAAUCUAAGUUCCUGUGAUUCGUAUAAUCAUAUUACCAUAAAGAAAAAAUUCUGCAGAGGCACAACGAAAACAGUUUUAUGGGCUUCACUCAUCUCUGCAAUAGGAGGUUUACUCUUUGGCUAUGAUAUUGGUAAAAUUUACUUUUCACCUAAAUUUAAUUUUAAUGAAAUUUAUUACUCACUACACAAUUAUGCUAGCGUUAUUUCCGGAGCUAUUUUGCAGCUACAGAAAGUUUUCAAUCUUAACUGCAUUGAACGCGAGAGAAUUGUCGGAGUCAUGCUAGCCGGUGCUGUUGGUGGUUCUAUUGUCGGAGGUUAUAUGAUCGAUAAAUUAGGACGCUGGACAUCGAUAUUAUUAAAUUCAAUUGUAUUUAUAAUUGGUGCGUUGGUGAUGAGUCUAGCCCAUAAUUAUGCUACUCUGAUUGUUGGCCGCAUUCUCAUCGGAUUUGCUGUGGCUAUCUCAGCCAUGGCAGAAUGUGUAUACAUAGCAGAAAUUGCUCCUAGUAACCGACGUGGAAGCUUAAUUACUCUCAAUGAGUUAUUCAUUACUUUGGGAUUACUUUUGGCGUAUUUAAUCAACUAUAUUUUCAUUGAUGUGGCCAAUGGAUGGCGAUUUAUGUUUGGUUUAUCCGCACUACCGGCUGUCUUUUUGGCUGUUUCCACAUAUUUUUUGCCAAACAGCCCACGCUGGCUUUUGACCCGUGGAAGAGAAAGAGAUGCUCUUACGACACUACAAAAAAUUAGAGAAACAAAUGAUGUUACAACAGAAUUUCAACUAAUAAAGGAAAGUCUGUCCGCGGAAAAUGCAAGUAUUGCUACUACAAGAUCAAAAAAAUCUUUCCGAAAUAGUGCUUAUCUGGCAUCUUACACCUUUCGAAGUUUGUUUAGCUCUCAAGGCAAACUACGUAAACGACUUGGGAUUGUGGUAUUACUGGCAUUAUUUCAGCAGCUUACAGGCCAACCAAAUAUAUUAUACUACGCUCCCACAAUCUUUAAAUCUAUUGGAUUCUCGAAUGGUUCUGAUGCUACACUUGCCACCGUUGGCUUAGGGAUGAUCAAGACGAUUUUCACAUUUAUCGUACUGCUUGGAAUAGACAAAAUAGUGACUUGGAUCUUGAUUAGCGAGUUAUUUCCUCCCGGGAUUAAAGGACGCGCUUCUUCAGUCGCAAGUUUAACCAAUUGGCUAACCAAUUUUUUAAUAUCUUUCACUUUCUUGGAUCUGUCAGAUUCCAUAGGACUUUCCGCUUUAUUCUUCAUAUAUGGCGGAAUUAGCUUUAUUUCUGUUGGCUUUAUCGUUUCUCAAGUACCUGAAACCAAAAGAAAGACACUAGAGGAAAUAUCUACCGAUAUGACAGCUCCCCAUACGAUUUCAUUUCCAUGCUAUUGGAGAAAAGGACAUGCUGGUCGGCUUCCGCUAGGAAAUGAAAUUUUGCUUCAGCACUCUUCAUCGUUUGAAAAAUACGCUCAUUAUGAGCCACCUAGCGGUACUCUUGAACUACCCGAAUCUCCAACAUCUCCAUCCCCUAACCCUAUCAAUGACAGCCAUUUCGCAUAA